AUGUCAACUACUCGAGUUCCGACAAUCAACGAUCUCCGUGUGAAAUUAUGCUAUAUCUGCAGGGAAGAAGAAAGAGCGGACCAACCUUCUGACAACCCUCCACGAGCCUGGACCCAUCCUUGUAACUGCACCCUAAUCGCACAUGAAGACUGUCUACUUAAAUGGAUUCAAUCUUCACAAAGCAACCCCUCACGCGCGCCAAAUGCCCUCAAGUGUCCCCAGUGCGGCACUCAAUACGAGAUAGAAAGCGACGAGCCAGUGAUUCUACGGGUGCUGGCAAGUGGGAACCAGGUGCUGCAGCGAUUUGGGAGGUACUUCACUGUGUUUGGAGCUGCUGCGGCUGUGGGUAUCGUUGGGACGAGCGUGUAUGUGUGUUUAACGGCAUACGGAGCGUGGGCGGUGGAACAAUUCAUCGGGAAAGAGAUGUUUGACCUCAUCCUUACGGACGACCCAAUCAACUGGACAUGGUCCGCAUACAUCAACCUACCUCUCCUACCCAUAUCACUCAUCCUUUCCCGCUUUACAUCGGGCACAUCUUCGAUGGUUAUACCCUCCCUCCUCGUGUGGCCGCCAGCACCCCCCGUGGGUGAGCGCAGCAGACGAUUGUUCGAGUAUUGGUCAAAACCAGAGAACUCAAGCCGCAUACGAGACGGACUCCUUCCCAAGUAUUACUGGCCGCCACCACCGAUUCUAUUCGGGGUAGUUGGAGUGCCAAUCGUACGGAGCAUUUACCGGCAUUGUUUUGGGAACCUGUACUACAAGCUUUUGGGCACACCGAUGCCAACGCAGAGGAGGGGUGCGAGACCAGGACUGCGAUUCAACGAGGGGCCACUAAUCAUCCGUAUUCGGGCGGUCGACGACGAGGGCCACGAGAUAGGACAAGACGAAGAAGAUGGCCAUCCCGCUGAUGAAGCACCAGCCCCGCCAGCGCAAGAUGGUGCUGCCGCUGGGGGGCAAGAUGCCAAUGCCGACCCUAACGCUGCAGCCGUGCAAGCAGCCGAGCAGCUCAUCGAGAUCAACGCGUCGUCUCUCGGGCGGCGGAUUGGUGGAGCCCUCAUCAUUCCGGCCAUCGCGAGCACGAUGGGGACGCUCCUCUUCCGUCUGUCCAGGCGCUCAUCGCUAUUGCGAGCGUUCCUAGGCCUUCGCGGACGAAAGGCAACUGGGCUGCUCCCCCUUCCACCGUGGGGCAGGCUCGCGCUGUUCCCCGAGGAGAAGGAGUUGAAUAUGCCCUGGAAGCAGCUGAGUGUGUUUCAGCAGACCCGGGUUGGGUUGAAGAUCCUGGUGUCGGCGUUUCUUGGUGGAUCGAGGACGUGGGUGGACAGUGAUCCCGUUUGGUGGCGCAAUGCUGUUGGCUUUGGACUCUUCGUGGUGGCCAAGGACUGCAUCCACCUGCUACAUCUGUGGCUCGCAAAGCGCGAGCUAGAGUCUCGUCGCGUCAAGGACCGAGACUUUGCAGGCGUCGACAUCCGAGAACUCGAUCUAUUACCAUCUUUCGCGGAAUUGAUAUAG